GUACUCUGAAGAGUUCGUCUGUACUCUGUUGGGCUGUGAAGUUUUCUUUGUUGGCACCGAUAGAAAAUUGACCUUUUUCCCUUUGUAACUAAUUGGCAUUGGCACGAAGUUUUGUGGUAAAAUACGUCGUAUCUAAUGAGAGUGAAUAGAAGUCAUAGAUCUGUAUCAAAUUAAGUUCUGAAUUUGUAUAUUUAAUCGCUCUGUUUUAAAACCUACGUUGAAUAAAUAGUACCACAUAGCCUAAAGAAUCUUCUCAUUUUCGUUACUUAUUAGCCUUUAUUAAAAUGAGCCAACGAAAUACAGGAGCUAAAAAAGAAGAACAAUCCCAAGGAUCUGGAUUUCUUUCGAGCCUUCUGCUAGCGGGGGGUGCUGCUGCUGUGGGUUUCUUGGCACACAAGUUGGUAUCUGACUACAAUGAGACACAAUCAGCACAUACUUCAGCACAAUCAGCACAUACUAGUAGGAGGAGCCCUCCUGUCUUCAGUGGGGUACAGAAGCAAGAGAAUGUAUACAAAGUACAUUCUGGUGAGGGGGGCCGUACAAGGAAAGAUAUGAGAAAACAGGCAUUUGACUCUGAAGUGCCUGAUCCAGUCAAGUGUAUUAUCUGCAUGGAGAACCCUCGAGAGGUAAUAAUGAACCCUUGCGGACAUGUCAGUUUGUGUGAGGAUUGCGGAGAGAAAAUCUGCCAAUCUGUCAGUCCUAUAUGUCCCGUUUGUCAAAGACCAAUCAAGGAGGUUAUAAAUGCCUAUAUAUAAAAUAUUUCUAUAUGUUUGGUUGUCAAUCUAACGGUUUUUUCCUAUUUUCAUAGAAGAUUUUUGCUGGUGUUAACUCGUAUUAAAUUAAACUUUUCAUUCAUAAUAGUUUUUGGCCUUGGAUAUUUUUGUAUAAAAAUUUGAACCUAUUUGAAUUGGACUUUUUAGCUCUUUGUUAAACCCUUAUAUAUAUUAUUAUACUCGUGUUAUUACAAUACUGAAUAUUUGUGCUGUUUUAUUACAAUGGCUUGUUGAAUGUUGGUUUGUAAUAUAUAAGAUUUUGGCUUUUUA